UGCUUAACCAACUCUUAUACUCAAAUCUAAAUGCUCAAUCAAACCAACAGCAAACUGUUGAGAGAGACGCAUUUAAAAACUGUCUCUUUUUUUUUUCCUUUUAAUAAAAAUUUUUCUCGGGAGAAAAGAAUUGUGUGGUUUGAACAAAAUGGGGAAAAAAAAAGUUAAGGACAUGAUGUACCCCACCCUUGCUGAGGAGAAGGCCAGACACAAGAAGAAGCGUCAGGUGCAGUCUCCUAAUAGCUACUUCAUGGAUGUCAAAUGCAUGGGCUGCUACAAGAUCGCCACCAUCUACAGCCAUGCCCAGACAGUGGUGCCCUGUGUUGGCUGCUCAAUAAUCCUCUGCAGGCCCCGUGGAGGGAAAUGCAAACUAACUACAGGAUGUGCCUUCAGGAGGAAGUAUUAUUGAGCGGAAAUGUGGGAGCACACACCCUGACUGGCAGGAUCACAAACCAAAAUGAGUGUCUCGUCGGCUACAGACGGACCGGUCUGACAACUUUAGUCCACGAGACCUUCUCAUUCAAUGAAGUUGUGAUUUAAUAAAUGAGACAUUAAAAAAAUAAAUCACCA